AAGGGGAAUUUUUCCCCUUCCUUCCCUUCCCCUCCAUUACACCCCAAUUUGGGGUGUAAGAAUUUGGGCCAAAUUUCCCCUCCAUUCCCCUCUUCUACCCUCCAAAAUGAAACUCCCAAACAAGGUUAAAAUGAAAUUUCCCUUCCCUUCCCCCUCUCUACCCUCCAUCCAAACAGGCCAUUAUGCUUCAUUGCUUCUUACCGCGCUGAAAGUAAACAGAUCGUCGUGCUCGCUCUUCUGCUGAUCUCAACCAAGCGACGGUAGGGCUUUUUCUAAACCCUAAAAAGUCCCCAUCAACACCACCCCUGAAAAUCUAAUGUCAAAAGCUUAGGGUUUCAAGCUACAAUGGCGUACGUUCCUCCUCACAAGCGCUACUCCAAGGAUUCUCCAACUCCGGACCCCUCUCCACUCCCUCCCUCCGUGCUCCCCCAAUCUAAGCGAACCCUAACCCUAAGUGAUCCCAAGCCCAACUCCCGAAGGCGCCGAGAUCACCAAUCCUCCUCAAAUCAAGGCCUCAAAAUCAUCUACGCGGCCGAUUCGAUCGCUCGAUGGUUCGUCGCUGGAUCCGCCGGCGAUGAUCCCAUCCCUUCUUCGGUUGCGAUUUGGGAGCCGUUCGAGUGGAGGAAUGGCGGGAAGGCGACGGUUAUCGAAGCAGGAGAGGGUGGAGUGGUUGAGGAGCGGCCUUGGGCGAAUAUUUCGGAGAGAGUUAUGCCCGAUUUGAUCGGUUGUUGUCGGGCUGCGGUGGAGGGGUCAGUAUCGAAGAGGGAGGUAGUCAAGCUUACGUUUGUUGCUCGAACCGGGAAAGUGCUGUUUCUUGGAACAUCAGUUAAUCUUGAAUCCAUCAGGAAGGCUGCAGUUUCUGAAAUAGAUUCUAGAACACAAGUCCGUAAAUCAUUUUACACUAAUGUUCCUAGUGAUUACAUGGAAGAUAUGCAGAAUAUGCUAUCAGGUGACAGUGGUUUUGAUUUCGACUCAGAGAAAGAAUAUUACAAUGUGAAGAUAUUUGACAAAUUCCAGCCAGAAUCAACCAUUUCUUGCAAGUGUGCAGUCGUGAAUGAUGGGGCACUUGAAAUUCGUAAGAUUGAACUGAAUCAGGUGCGCCACCUUGUGGUUGAUAUUUCUUGCCUCUUUAAGGAUCUAGACUUAAGGUUGAUGCUGGCUACCAAAAGGAUACUGAAAUCAUUGGAUGAUGAGGAGAAUGAGGCCAUAAAUAAACUAGUAAAGUCUGCUAUAAUAGAUCCUGAUGUGAAAGGGGGACUGAGAUGGCCUCUUGGAGAGGAAAGUGUAGCAGAUAGGUUUUGUAUCAUUGGAGUUUGGCACACCAAAUUCAAAGCUUUCAAAAAUCAGUCAACAAGGAUUAAACUGAGACAUGCUGAUCGAUUUGAUCACAGGACUUCAACUGGUGAAGCUUCUAAUGAAGUUAUGCUGAAGCUGAUCGGAAUAUCCAAGCACUUGAGGGAUGGGAAUGUGGAGCUGGACUGUAUCAACGAUAUGGUUCAAGAGUCAGUAAAACUGAUUUGGGACCGUUUCUUAAGCUACAGUCAUUCCUCAACUUAAUCCUAGAGCUGUAAGGUCUUUGUUCUUGUAAGGUCUUUGUUCUUGUAAGUCUUUUGUAAAUAAUUUUUUCUUUGAUGGUCGCAAUCAGCGAAUCCCAACUUUUUAGCUAGUUGUGUGUUGAUUUUAGAUUUUUGAAUUCCUUUUUUUUUGUUAUUUGAAUUCUGGAUGAUUAUGAGUAUUACACCAACACGAUGAUAUGUAUGGUUAA